CCAGACCGGUUAAAUGGAUGGUGUUUUAUAAAGCAGCCAGGUUUUAUUAGCUAAAAUGCAGCAAUGUGCCUUUAAACCUACGUAUUUGAGUGCAACGCUUCCGCAAAUUUGGUUAUCAACAUAGGCAGGGCUGCAGAUAUCCCUAGCACGUCCAGACAGCAUCGUUCCCCGUUUUAGUUGGCUAUUAGCGACUUUUUAUAAAAACGCAACGUUAUGCAUUGCGUGUGCGUCCUCUGGCAAGCUUUUAAGGUAUCAGCUUUUAACUAAGUGGUGCUCGUGCAUGCGAGUCUUCCUUGUGUUUUCUUCUGGCGCACAUGAUACCAUGGUUAGUUUUGUUUUUGUGUGGUUGCAGUGAGCCCUUUGCUGACAACACAGUAUACAUUAUCUGAUCUCACAGACUGUACAAACAGGUUUGAUUUAAUCUAUGCGUCUCUCCUGUAAGAGGAUUCUUAAGCAUCUGCAGGUGUCUAAAUUGUAACCAACUAGGAAUUGAGAGUUGGGAGAGAGGAUCUGGAAUGGCGGGAGGAAGAAGAGGAGCGAAUAGAACAUACUGCCGUUCUCCGCUAAACAGUGAGACUGGUUCUGUUGGCAAUGGCAACCACUCGACUAGCUCACCUGUGACAGGUGUGAGAUCAAGGGCCAGGAAUGGAUCUGGAACGGGAAUGUCCAGCCCACCGCUUGCCACUCAGACCGUGGUGCCACUGAAGCACUGUAAAAUUCCGGAACUCUCUGUGGACCGGAACGUCCUGUUUGAGCUUCAUCUAUUUGUGUGCCAUCUAACAGCUUUAUUCGUGCAUUAUGUCAACAUCUACAAAACCGUGUGGUGGUACCCCCCAUCACACCCACCUUCACACACCUCUUUGAACUUCCACCUUAUUGAUUACAAUAUGUUGGUGUUCACCAUUAUUGUGCUGGCACGCAGAUUAAUAGCUGCCAUAGUAAAAGAGGCAUCACAAAAUGGGAAGUUGUCCUUGCCACAUUCUGUCUUCCUGGUGACGGCUCGUUUUGCUGUCCUGACUCUAGCAGGAUGGAGUUUGUGUCGUUCACUUAUUUAUCUUUUUAAGUCAUAUUCUGUACUCAGUCUCCUCUUCCUCUGCUAUCCGUUUGGAAUGUAUAUUCCCUUCUUCAAACUCGGCUGUGAUUUUCGGAGAGCUGGGUGUAUGUCACCUUUAGGUGGCAUGGUUUCUAAGGAGGUCAACGGUGCUGGUGGUUUGGGGCGUGGGGGACGGGAUUAUCUCUCGGUCCUUAAGGAAACAUGGAAACAACACACCAGUCAGCUGUACAGUGCCCAGCCCAUGCCCACCCACGCCUGCUGCCUCUCUCCUGACCUCAUCCGCAAAGAAGUGGAGUACCUGAAGAUGGACUUCAACUGGAGGAUGAAGGAGGUGUUGGUCAGCUCCAUGCUCAGCGCCUACUAUGUAGCAUUCGUACCUGUUUGGUUCGUCAAGAGCACACAGUAUGUGGAUAAACGCUGGUCCUGUGAGCUGUUUAUACUCGUUUCUGUCAGUACUUCGGUUAUUCUUAUGCGGCACCUACUGCCACCGCGUUACUGCGACCUGCUUCAUAAAGCUGCAGCUCACCUGGGCUGCUGGCAGAAGGUGGACCCAUCCCUCUGCUCCAAUGUCCUUCAGCACAUAUGGACAGAAGAAUACAUGUGGCCACAUGGAGUUUUGGUCAAACAUAAUAAAAAUGUUUAUAAGGCCAUGGGCCAUUAUAAUGUAGCAGUUCCCUCAGAUGUCUCACAUUAUCGUUUCUAUUUUUUCUUCAACAAACCACUUCGAAUAUUAAAUAUUCUCAUAAUCCUGGAGGGUGCAAUGAUAUUCUACCAGCUAUAUUCACUGAUGUGUUCAGAGAAAUGGCAUCAGACAAUAUCAUUAGCGCUGAUAUUGUUCAGUAAUUAUUACGCCUUUUUCAAACUGCUCAGAGACCGAAUAGUUUUGGGAAAGGCAUAUUCGUAUUCAGCCAGUGCCUCCAAUCAAAAAGUCAGUUAGACAAGGAUAAGUUAUUAUCAGCUAUCACAGAUGAACAGAAAACAUGCAUGAGAGCUGUUUAUUUUUUCUACAACUGCAUUUUUGUCUGUUUGUUUGACUCACCAUGAAAUAAAAAGGAGACAUAUUU